GCAUCUCUGCUCCCUUCUCUCCUUUUUUCAAAAUCUCUCUCUUCGAUUCGAUCCAUUUCUAGGGUUUCAAUCUCCGUCAAUCGAAGAUGCGAGAGAUUCUUCACAUCCAGGGAGGCCAAUGCGGGAACCAAAUCGGCUCCAAGUUCUGGGAAGUGGUCUGCGCCGAGCACGGGAUCGACCAGACGGGGCGUUACCAGGGAGACUCCGAUCUCCAGCUCGACAGGGUUAACGUCUACUACAACGAGGCGAGCUGCGGGAGGUACGUCCCACGCGCCGUUCUCAUGGAUUUGGAGCCUGGAACGAUGGACAGCGUUAGAUCUGGGCCUUACGGUCAGAUCUUCCGUCCCGAUAACUUCGUCUUCGGCCAGUCCGGCGCUGGAAACAACUGGGCCAAAGGUCACUACACGGAGGGAGCUGAGCUCAUCGACUCGGUCCUUGACGUCGUCCGUAAAGAGGCUGAGAACUGUGACUGCCUUCAAGGGUUUCAGGUGUGCCAUUCGUUAGGAGGAGGAACUGGUUCUGGGAUGGGAACGUUGUUGAUCUCCAAGAUCAGGGAGGAGUAUCCUGACCGUAUGAUGCUGACGUUCUCUGUGUUCCCAUCUCCUAAGGUCUCUGACACCGUCGUGGAGCCGUACAACGCGACGCUCUCCGUGCAUCAGCUAGUUGAGAACGCUGAUGAGUGUAUGGUUCUUGAUAACGAAGCUCUGUAUGACAUUUGCUUCCGUACACUCAAGCUCAGCACUCCAAGUUUUGGUGAUCUGAAUCAUUUGAUCUCUGCAACAAUGUCUGGUGUAACCUGCUGUCUUCGUUUCCCUGGUCAGCUCAACUCUGAUCUCCGCAAGCUCGCUGUGAAUCUGAUCCCGUUCCCUCGUCUUCACUUCUUCAUGGUGGGGUUUGCUCCUCUCACCUCCCGCGGCUCUCAGCAGUACCGUAACCUCACGGUCCCAGAGCUCACCCAGCAGAUGUGGGAUUCCAAGAACAUGAUGUGCGCUGCUGACCCGCGUCACGGUCGCUACCUCACUGCUUCAGCUAUGUUCCGUGGCAAGAUGAGUACGAAAGAAGUGGAUGAACAGAUGCUAAACGUGCAGAACAAGAACUCUUCCUACUUCGUCGAGUGGAUCCCCAACAAUGUCAAGUCAACGGUCUGUGACAUUCCCCCAACUGGUUUGAAGAUGGCUUCGACGUUUAUUGGGAACUCGACUUCCAUUCAGGAGAUGUUUAGGAGAGUCAGCGAGCAGUUUACUGCUAUGUUCAGGAGGAAAGCUUUCUUGCAUUGGUACACAGGGGAAGGUAUGGAUGAGAUGGAGUUCACUGAAGCUGAGAGUAACAUGAAUGAUCUUGUCUCUGAGUACCAGCAGUAUCAAGAUGCCACGGCAGAGGAAGAAGGGGAGUAUGAGGAUGAAGAAGCUGAGUACGAACAAGAAGGGUAUUGAAGAAAGGGAACACAACAACUUCAACUGCCUGUUGCUGUUUUUUACUUUUCAAAAUUUCUACUAAGCUUUUAUUAUAGUUUCUGUAUCUACCGGUUUCAUUACUAGUUAUGUACUCGGAGUAAGGGUUUAUCAUGAAUCAUUUUAUCGUCUAAUUUGCUUAAGCACAA